AUGCUCACUUUUCCCAAGACACCUGAUCCAACAUCUGCGCCGAGAGUGCAAAAAAAGGCCCAGGGAAACAAUGGGCCAACUCCAAAAAUUCUUGAUUGUAGCCCAGUGAAAGUUCCCAACAGUGUGAAUAUUGGCGGAAGACAAUGUGGGAUCCAACCGAGCAAGGUUAAUCAAAAAAUCACCCCGGCCCAGAAGAACCCAGAGCGUGCUCGGGAUCGGGAGAAAGCUCCACUUUCUCAUAACAACACAGAGAUAACGCCAAAGGCAGGGAUCCCACCGGAGAAGAAAGGACCGGACCCUCCUGGCGACAACGAGAAGGAAGCCCGGGAUGGCGAAUCCGCCCCAAAUAGCACUGAUUUGGAGUCGAAUCAGACAAAAAGAUCGAUUGAUCAAAGAAAAUCAGAGGGAAUGGGGUCUACGUUGGCCGCCCCUGUCAUUACGAAUGGAGAUAUGGAGGUGGACGGUCACCGCUAA